AAAUCAUCUGUGUUUUGUUUAUACGCGUUUGCAAAAACAAUUGGAAGUUGAUGUAAACUAUCUUAAAGACCGGCUACUUACACUAUAUUUGGCUUAUUAUGGAUCAUCAGGAAGCCACAAUCGAUCACUACGAUGCCUGUGUUACAGCAGAUAAAUGUCUGCUAUCAGCGCCGCUUCACAUCUUCCAAAGCUACAUGGAGCAAGCUGUCUGCAGUUCGCUGGAUAUUGAAACGGUGCGAAAGGGCCCAUCCUACUGUCCCUGGGCUAUUCUACGAGCCAGUUUAAGUGUUCUGCCGAUAAUAUUGCCUACGUUGCUGGGUCUCACAUUAUCGCAACUGCUAUGUCAACACUUGUCACAGCGGUCUCUGCGCCGUUUCCUUCUGGAAUUCCUUCUGAUUACCCUGCCCACCGUCUGCAGCAAUACAGUGGCCAAUUCCUAUAAUAACCACUACUGCAUAGUGGUUGCAACAUUAAUCACCCUGCUGCUCUUGCGCUGUGGAGCUUGGCGAGGAGCUGCAGCCAAACACUGCUACGAGGUUGGAAAGAAGCCAGCGGCGAUAACCCUGCUGCGGGCAACGUCUUACAUCUGCACUGGCUGCGCCAUCUUGGCUGUAGACUUCAAAGCCUUUCCCAUUGAGUGGCGCAAGAGUCGUGAGUAUGGCGCCUCCCUAAUGGACGUCGGGAUAGGCAUGUUCGUCAUGUCGAUGGGCGUGGUCUCGCAGCGUGCCCACAACUGGGCUGACAUGCGGCGCGUGCUGAAGGUUGUGUUGCCCCUGUUGAUGCUUGGCUUGGCACGCACUGUGGUCAUCACGCUGAUCAGCUACCACCAGGACGAGCAUGAGUACGGCACACAUUUGAAUGCCUUCUUUACGCUGGGCCUCACCAAGCUGCUGGCCAGCCUCUGCAGUCUGCUCGCACGCUCCGACAAGCAGCUGUUGCCACUGUCACUGGCCAUUCUUAUGCUCCACGAGCUGUUCUUGCAGCAGGGGCUCGCAGCGUAUGUCAUGUCAUCAGCCAACCGGAGUAGUUUCCUAAGCGCAAAUCGCGAGGGUCUAAGCGCAUUGCCUGGCUGCAUCUCGCUCUAUCUGCUCAGCGUCUGGGGCGGCAGGUGGUACAAGGCCAUGGAUAAGCUUAGCUACGAGCAGUUCCUAACCAAGCUGCGCAAAAUCCUGCUGGUAACAGCUGUGACCUGGCUGUUAGCCUUCGCCUGCGUCUUUCUCUUCGGCAUAGCACGUGUCACCUUCAACGCGGGCUAUGUCUUCUGGCUGUUCGGCAUUGGCACGCUGCUGCUGCUGCUCUGCUCGUUUCUGUUCGAGUUGUGCUUGAUGGCGCCGACGGAGAAGCUGACGCCCUUGCCCGCCCUUGUGGAGACCAUCAAUAUGAAUGGCCUCACAUAUUUUAUGCUCUGCAACUUCCUGACGGGCCUCGUCAACCUAACGCUGAAUCCGGCCAAGCGCAGCAGCGGCGAGUGUGUGGCCAUCCUAAUGCUCUACAUGCUGGCCAGCACGGGCAUGGUCUAUGUGCUGUUUCGCAAGGGCAUUCGCAUUGCCUAAGCUGUCGUGAUAACUACCUGCAUAUGACGAUAAUGAAGUUCUCUUUAUUUUUUAAGUAUUUACUAAGCACCAAAUUCAAUUACGUAUUAUACAUUUAUAAAAAUUGUUAUAGCUAAAUUGCAAGUUUGUUUUUGUUGUAUUGUAACAUAAAAUAAGUAAAAGUGUUUUCGUUGGGGCUGCUCGACGAGAAGAUACCUCGUACUCGGCGUGGUACUCUUGCUUUACUUAUAUACUGGCUUUCUAAUGUA